AUAACAACAAAGUGAAAUAUAGAACAAAAAUAAUAGAAUAAUAAGUGUCAAAAAAGUGAUAAAAAUUGAGAUAAAAAACAGCACAAUAACAGAGGGAAUGAAAGAGAACAGAGAGAAAUAUCGAAUAAAAAUGACAAAAAAACUGAAACACAAAUAAAUAGGAACUAGAAGACAAAAUAACAAUUGAAAAAUAAGAAAAUAUAAAUAACAGAGAGAAAGUUAUGUGGACAAGAACAGAAGAGAAAGAAGUUAUGGAGAACAUCACUUGUUCUAGAGGAUGAACAACCAACAAAAUAACAAUGUGUGGCGAGGAGGGAGCGUCUUUAGUAGUUCGUCAGAGCCGACCUGGGCACCUGGUCUCCACGUGUUCCCCGCGAGUGGCCUACACCUGCCCCAGACUGACCCUCGUCAUCUAUCCCAGCCUGAUGCUCGCCACCUCCCCCAGCCUGAUACCCGCCACCUCCCCCAGCCUGACUCCCGCCACCUCCCCCAGCCUGACUCCCGCCACCUUCCCCAACAUGACCAAGUCUCACAGCAGCAACAGCCUCAGGGUGACCGGCACCCCCCGGCCACUACGUCAUGGUACCAUGACCUGGCUGUCCAGGAGCCGGUCGGAGCUUUUGAACUGUUAUGCAAAAAUGACUUCCAGAACCGCACUGGAGACCCACCUGCCGCGGCCUCCUUCUACACCGACCCUAAGAAGGAGGUCGGUGGACCCCUGCCAGGGAAGGACGGAGGCAGUGGUCACGGUGCGCCUUACACUAAACACUCUGGGGGCGUGAACAAGGUUCGGGGUGGGUUUCCCGCUCAAGGAGAAUUUGGACGGACUGCUUUCCCAAGCGUCUCCCAGGAGUCCGGAGCACGAGGCUCUACACUCAGUCUAGAAGGACGAAUUAAGUUGGAAAGUCCAUGGUCGACCGAGAGGGCGGCGGGAACGACCAUGCAGUCGUCUUGUGCUGCACGACACAACUACAACACCAACCUGUCGCUCAUCCACCAACAGAUUCAACAACAUCAACAACCAUCGCCCUUCCAGCCGAGUCUGCCAUCGUUUCCCCCAGUGGCAGGAGGGCAGCAGGGGUACCAGCCUGCGGCAGGUCAGCAGUACGGCGUGCAGCAACCUGCACCACAGCAGCAGCAGCAGCAGCAGUACCAGCAUCCUGGUCCUCUGCCAACAUGGGGAACACCUUAUCAGAGCGGUGAAGGAAGCUCAUACAGCGGGGACCAACACUACAAUAUCUACGCUCGCUCCGUCUACAUACAGGGAGGCCCCGGGCCACAAUACCCAUACCCAGGGUAUUCAGGACUGGCUACAUCGUCCCCAGGACCCUCUCGGCAUCCUACCGUGCCCCAGAGUGUCCUCCCUAGCCCUGUGGCCCCACCUCCUACCCUGACCACACCCAUGAAGGCUCGUCGACGACGACGCUGGACGCGCCGCAAGGCUGUCAUCCACACCUGCUCUCAGGCAGGCUGCGCCAAGACGUACGCCAAGUCGUCCCACCUGAAGGCGCACAUGAGGACCCACACGGGCGAGAAGCCCUACACCUGUGACUGGAAGGGCUGCGGCUGGAAGUUCGCCCGUUCUGACGAGCUGACUCGCCACUACCGCAAACACACUGGUGACCGCCCCUUCCAGUGUAGACUGUGUGAACGAGCCUUCUCUCGCUCUGACCAUCUCAGCCUUCACAUGAAGCGUCACAUGGCCCUGUGAGCCUUAAAUGUGACCCUGUGAGACUCUUAAACAGUCACAUGACCUCACAUGAAGCGUCACAUGGCCCUGUGAGCCUUCCCUUAAAUGUGACCCUGUGAGACUCUUAAACAGUCUGUGCCUCACAUGAAGCGUCACAUGGCCCUCUGAGUCUUACGUGAAGCCUUAAAUGUGACCCUGUGAGACUCUUAAACAGUCUGUGCCUCACAUGAAGCGUCACUUGGUUGUUUUGCUUCAUAUGAAGGUCACAUGCAGUAAUAUAUGGCCCCUUGAGACUGAUUGAGGUGUUACAUGGCCUUGUUAGCCUUAAAUGAAAUCACAUGGCCGUGUAAGCUUUCAUUAAAUGUUGCAUGUCCAUAAAGUGCCUUACAACACCGCACCAGUGUUUAUGAAGCUCACAUGACCAAGCUAGACUCACACAGAGCCUCAUACGACUCACCGGACCUCACAUAAACACCCUUGUGAACACCACCACACCACACCAGCCUCUGUGGUGUUGACCAGUGUGAGAGAGGACUCGUAGUGUGAGCUGAGACAAUCAACCAACAGUAGUCCGAGAUAUAUAGUGUGUGUGUAUGUGUGUGUGAGGGAGAAAGGACAAUAGCUUUUAUGAAGUGUUGUGUAGUGAAUCAUAUAGUCUCCCUAUAUCUCGCUAAUUACGAGACUUGACGAGAUUAUUAUUUUCUCAAGAGUAAACCAUUGAAUACUGUAUUUAAUUGUUACUCUUUAAGUUAGUAAUAAAUAAUAUAUCAGUUAAUUUACGGACGCGCUGAAAUCAUUGAAAAAUUUCAGUACAGAUUUAAUGAUGAUAAAUUCCGACUCUCCCAAGAAUGUUAAUUUUAUCUUAACAAAAAUUAUUUACAUUAAUAAUAUUGAAAAAAAGUUAGAGAAUUAUUAUAGUAUGUAAUAUGGUAUAACUAUUACAGGAUACAGACACAGUUACAAAAUAAUAAUGAAAUGCUUUUGUUCUGAUUAAAUAUACAAAUGUUACAUCUUAAUUAAAGCAACGUACCUUAUAAUUAUAUAAUGUAAUCAAUAUAUUUUUUAAUUAGUCCACAGUUUAAUGUAGAGUACAGUCAGGGAUACAGUCCAUUACAGUUCAGUCUAUAGGGAACAGUGUCUUUGAGAGAGAGAGAGAGAGAGUGUGUGUGUGUGUGUGUGUGUGUGUGUGUGUGUGUGUGUGUAGAUAAUUCAGUUAUAGUACAAGUUAUAGGUAUUGGUUCCUGAUUAUAUAUACUUUAUAUAAUUCAUAGGAGCUGGACCUAAUUAUUAUGUACUUAAUAUAAUUCAUAUAAUGUCACAUCAUUUCUGAGUUCAGAGUUGACAAGUUCAGUUAGGGUUACAGAGAGGAAGUGUGGUGGAGACAGUGUGGUGGAGACAGUGUGGUGGAGAGUGGUGGAGAUAGUGUGGUGGAGAGUGGUGGAGAUAGUGAGGUUGUUGGAGAUAGGCUUGAUGGAGAUAGUGUGGUGGAGAUACCGUAUAUGGCCAACAAUGACGUCAUAUAUAAAUGACCUCACUGGGCUAUAGUUAAAUAUAUAUAACAGAUAUAAUGUACAGUAUAUAU